AUGCGCUUCUUCAAGAACUAUCGCGUGUAUAUCCUCACGUCGGUGGCCUAUCUAGGCUCACUGCUGUUUGGCUAUGACACGGGCGUCAUGGGCAGCGUGCUCGCCCUCAAGAGCUUCAAACAAGACUUCGGCCUCCCAACCGACUCGGGCGGCUUCGCAUCCGCCCAAAACGCCCACGUCUCGUCCAACGUUGUCUCCCUCCUGACAGCCGGCUGCUUCUUUGGCGCCAUAACGGCCGCCUUCGUCAACGAACGCAUCGGCCGACGGUACGCGCUUAUGCUCUUCGUCUUCAUCUUCCUCGUCGGCGCCGCCAUUCAGACCAGCGCCUCGCACAGCAUCGGGCAGAUCUACGGCGGCCGCGUCAUUGCCGGCUUCGGCGUCGGCGGCAUGUCGUCCAUCACACCAGUCUUCGUGAGCGAGAACUGCCCGCCAGCCACGCGAGGCCGCGUCGCGGGCCUGUUUCAGGAGUUCCUCGUCAUCGGCAGCACCUUUGCCUACUGGCUCGACUACGGCGUGUCUCUGCACAUCAAGCCGGGUACCAAGCAGUGGCGCGUGCCCGUGGGCAUCCAGAUGAUCCCCGGCGGCCUCAUGCUCUGCGGCCUGCUGUUCCUCAAGGAGUCGCCGCGGUGGCUGAUGAAGAAGCAGCGCCACGAGGAAGCUCUGCGGUCUCUGGCGUACAUCCGCAACGACUCCCCGGACAGCCCCGAGGUGCAGAAGGAGCUGGCCGAGAUCCGGGCAUCGAUCGAGGAGGAGCUGGCCAUGACCGAGGGCGUCACCUGGAGAGAGUGCCUAAAGAAGGGUAACUGGAACCGGUUUGUGCUGGCGUUUGCCAUCAUGUUCUGGCAGCAGUUCACGGGAACCAACAGCAUUGGUUACUACGCGCCCCAGAUCUUCGAGACGGUGGGCAUCAGCAGCACCAACUCGUCGCUGUUUGCAACUGGCGUGUAUGGCACUGUUAAGGUCGUCGCCACGGGCCUGUUCCUGAUCCUGGGCAUCGACCGCUGGGGCCGCAAGAAGAGUCUGAUUGGAGGCUCCAUCUGGAUGGCCAGCAUGAUGUUCAUCAUUGGCGCUGUGCUGGCGACGCAUCCGCCCAACCCGGACAGCUCCAAGGUUUCGCAGGCGUCGAUUGCCAUGGUGGUGAUGAUCUAUCUGUAUGUGAUUGGAUACUCUGCAUCCUGGGGGCCGACUCCCUGGGUGUAUGUGUCUGAGAUCUUCCCUACCCGCCUCCGCGAGUACGGCGUCGGUCUUGCUGCCUCGACGCAGUGGCUGUUCAACUUUGUCAUCACAGAGGUCACACCCGCGGCCGUCAACCACAUCGGAUGGCGCACGUUCAUCAUGUUUGGCUGCUUUUGCAUCGGCAUGUGCAUUUUCGUCAUCUUCUUCAUCAAGGAGACCAAGGGCCUCACGCUCGAGGACAUGGACGUGCUGUUUGGCGUCGUCAGCGAGGACCAGCGGCAGGCGGACGUGGAGCAUGUGCUGAACAAGGGGGUUGAGCUGGACCAUGUCGAGCGCGAGGUGCCUGCCGACAAGGCUGUAUAA